GUGUUUGGAGAGCCGGCCGGUGCAGGUGUGUGUAACUGGGGAGCGUCGAGGGGAAGAGCAGAUCGGGGAUCCCCUCCGGGACCCCGGAGCUCCUCCGCUUGGGCGUGUGAGAUCGUCGGGCAGAGCGGCCGCCCCCAGCGCACCCUCAGCCCGCCCCUCCUUGAGAGGCGCGCGUCUGCCCCCACCCCCCACCCCUCGCGCGCUCCCGUUCGCCGCCUCCCGGGGUCCUGAUCACGCGCGCGCGCCCCCCGCUCCCCGCCCGCCGCCGAGGGGCGGGGCGCCCGGCUCUCUCGGCGCGGCCGCCCGCAUCCCGCUCGGCUCGCCCGGCCACCGCGCCCCGCCGCGCCCCAGCCCAGGCCAGCCCGCUCGCCCCCGGAGCCCGAGGUUGAAGAUGGACAAGAGGGACAAGACCAAAGCAGGGGCUGCCACGCGAACCCCAGCUUCUCGUCCCCCCGGGCUUCCGACCCCCAGACCCCCUGGGUCCCCUCGGCCCCUUCCCCCAGUAACCAGCGCUGCGCUCCGAGUUCUGGGGGCUGCAGGGGCCGCGGGGCGAGGGCCUCUGGCCCAGCGUGCGUCGGGGACCCGGGGCCCAGCUACUGCCGAGGCUGUUCCCCGGAUGGGAUCGCCGCGGAGCACCGGGGCCGGCCCGCGGAGCCCAGCCUCCCGAGCCCCAGCAGCCGGGAGAGAACAGCCUCCUGCUAAGACUUCCGGUCCCGGCUUAGCCACUAGUGGGGCGCGCGCCAGUGGGCCCACCAGGGUAGGGUCUGUUGGACAGAAGGGGCCUCGACCCCUAGCAGAAGAGCCUGUGGUCCCAGGGAAGGCCCCAGAAGUGCUCAGACACAGUGCCCUGGGUACCGUAGCUCGGAGAGAAUCUUCUGGGCUCGCCCCAGGGGCUUCCUCCCCAGCUCUCUCUCGCCGGUCCCGGGCUGCAGGUGCUGAGGGGGGUCUGCCUCGAGCCGCUCCAAAUGCCCGCCCCGGCAAACCCCCAAAUGAAGCACCCAGAAAACCUGUGAGCGUCGCCCCUGAGCGUAGCAGAGCUGAACAAAGCCCCACUACCAAGAGACGACCAAGUGCCGGCGGGGGCCUCCAGAGGCCAGUCUCGCGCGCGCUGGGCUCCAACACCACCCCUCUGUCCUCCCCUGCACGUUCCGGGGUCUCCGCUGCUUGUGCACCCUCCGCUCUGGGCCACCCCUCCCAGCCCAGGUCCAAAGGGCUGCCUACUAUGCGCCCCCCGCAGGCCACACCCCCAAGGAAAGGAGCCCCUUCUACCCAGGGCGUUCCUCCGCCUUUGGCCACACCCGCUCCACCAGGUCGCAAGUCACAGCUGCCACAGUCUCGCCAAGUCACAGCCACUCCUCUGCCAGAUGCGCUGCCACCCUCACCGCCCACGACGCCCCCUUCCCAGGCCCUGCCGGCUCCGUUGGCCACGCCCCUUCCACUAGCUCCUCCCUCUCCACCUGCCCCUCCAGGUCUGCAGACCCUCCCUUCUCCUCCGGCCACGCCCCCUCUGUCAGCUCCACCCACACUCCUGGAUACCUCUUUGGAGGAAUCUGCCUCUCUCCUGGCCUCCCCAAAUUCCCCUUCUCUGUUCACUCCAUCAGCUUCAUCCUCACCCCAGAGUAUGCCCCCCACUCAAGUAUCUCCGGUUUUGUCCCCUCUUCCGCCUCUCCCCUCCCCGUUGGCCACACCUCCUCUGCCAGCCCCUCUGCCACCAGCCUCAUCCCUUCUUCAAGCCCCCCUUUCUCAGGCAGCCAUUCUGCUGAACCCGGCUGCUGCCUUGACCACACCCCUUCUACCAGCCCUUUCCCCUCUGGCCACGCUCCAGACCCUCAGUUCUCCCGUGUCCACGCCCCCUCCUCAAACCACGCCUCCCUCCCUGACCCCGCCUCCCUCGCUGGCCCCGCCUUUGGCUACACUUCCUCCCUCUCUGACUACGUACUCUCCUCGGAGUCCGUCUCCAGACUCUCCAGCUCCCCUGGCUUCUCCAUCUCUGCACUCCCAUUCCUCUCUCCUGGCCACGACCUGUUCUCAGAUCCCAUCACCUCGGGCAAUGAGCCCUCAGCAGGCCUCUUCAUCCCUGCUGCCACUGGCCCCUAAGCAGGCUACCCCUCCUGUGGCCGCGCCCCUUCUACUGGCCACGCCCUCUCCCCAGGCCCCACCGGCUCUGGACUUGCCCCCACUGCAGACCCUGCCUUCUCCUCCUGCCUCACCCCCGCUGCAGGUCCCUGCCGCUCCUGAGGGCUUGCCCCCUCUCCAGAUCCCUCUUUCUCCUCCUGCUUCACCCUCUUCACCUCCCUUGGCCUUGCCCUCGACACAGGCUCCACCUUCUCGGGUCUUGUCUCCGCUUCAAGUUCUUCGCUCUCCCCAUGGCUCACCCCCUCUGCAGGCGCCUCCCUCUCUUAUCACUACGCCCCUGCCACAGACUCCACCUCCUCUGGCCUUGCCCCCUCUGCAGGCACCACCCUCUCCCAGGGCCACGUCCCCUUUACAGGCACCGCCCUCUCCCAGGGCCACGCCCCCUCUUCAGGCCCCACCCUCUCCCAGGGCUACGUCCCCUCUACAGGCACCGCCCUCUCCCAGGGCCACACCCCCUCUACAGGCUCCAACCUCUCCCAGAGGCACGCCCCCUCUACAGGCCCCGCCUGCCCUGUCUGUGUCACCGCCCCCUUCCACGACCACGCCCCUUCCUCAGACUCCUCCUCCUUUGGUCUUGCCACCUCUUCAGGCCCCUCCUCUUUUGGCCUCCUUCCCACAGCCUGCAUCUUCUCGGCCCUUAUCUCCUUUGCUGGUGCCUUCUCCAGGCUCACCCGUUUUGCAGGCCCCGCCCUCUCCCAGGACUACAUCCCCUCCACAGGCCCCGCCUUCUCUGGCCGUGUCUCCACCCUCUGUGACCACACCCCCUCAUCAGGCUUCCUCUCCUUUGGCCUUGCCCCCUCUGCAGAGCCCUCCCUCUCUGGCCACGCCCCAGCCACAGGCUCCUCCUUCUCUGGCCACGCCCCAGCUACAGGCCCCUCCCCUGGCCACGGCCCAGCCGCAGGCCCCGCCCUCCCUGGCCACGCCCCAGCCACAGGCUCCUCCUUCUCUGGUUUUGCCCCCUCUGCAGUCCUCCCCUUCUCCACCCGCCUCACCCCCGCGGCAGGGUCCCCGCCGCCCCCCAACCCCGGGUCCCGAUGCCCCGAUCCCGGGUCCGCGACUGACCCUGGCGCUAGCCCCAGUGCCGCCGCCGCCUUCUCGAAGCCCGUCCAGUACGCUGAGCGGUCCGGAUCUGGCGGGCCACAGCAGCAGCGCCACCAGCACACCCGAGGAGUUGCGUGGCUACGACAGUGGGCCCGAGGGUGGCACCGCGGCCUCUCCUCCCGCCGACGCGGAGCUCGCCGCCUGCCACCCAGCCGCCUGGAGCCGAGGUCCCGCGCCGCCGCUGGCCCUGCGGGGGAACCCGGGGGCGCCUCUGCCUUGGUCUCCUGCGGCCGGACCGGGCUCCACCGACGGCCUGUGCACCAUCUACGAGGCGGAAGGACCCGAGUCGGCCACGGCCACCCCAGACACGUUGGAUCCCGAGUCCGAAUCCUGCGCGGGAGGUGGGAAGGCAGCGACGGGCGUGGGCGCGGGGGCGGCGUCGCGGGGCGCGAAGCCGGCGCGCCUGGGCGAGCUGCCGUUGGGGGCGCUGCAGGCCAGCGUCGUGCAGCAGCUGCUGAGCCGGACGCUGAUGCUCGCGGCGGCCGAGGGGGCGGCGGGUGGCGGCCCCGGCGGCGCGGGAGGGAGCGGCGUGACUGGAGGGGCCCGCACUGCGCUCAGCGACGCCGAACUGGGCCGCUGGGCCGAACUGUUGUCUCCGCUGGAUGAGUCCCGCGCCAGCAUCACCUCGGUCACCAGCUUCUCCCCGGACGAUGUGGCUUCCCCGCAGGGUGACUGGACUGUGGUGGAGGUGGAGACCUUCCACUGAGCCGGAUCCUAAUCCAGUCCACCAACCCCAGCCCCGGCAUUAUGCCUCUUAGCUCCCCGCAUCCCUUACUGCUCCUGGAGUUCUGCUCUUGGGGAUGAGGGGGGAUUGUUCUUAGUCCCCUAGGACCCCAAUCUUUCAACCUAGACUUACGUCCCAUUCUCCUCGCCGCCCUCCCCCAUAGCCCACGCUUUGUCUGCUCCGAGUUUGCAAUAAAGCCGGAAUCUUCGGCCA